AUGGCGCAACCACGACUCGUCUCUCUCGCCUUCUUCGUCGCCAUCCUGAUCUCAGGCGCACACUCCGCCACCUUUAGCUUCAAGAACAACUGCCCCUUCACUGUUUGGCCUGCCUCGUUGGCCAAUUCCGACAAAGGUGCUCUUUCCCAGACCGGAUUCCAGCUGGACAAUGGCGCCUCCUUUUCACUGGAUGCGCCACCCGCCUGGGGAGGCCGGCUGUGGGCUCGGCAAACGUGUUCCACUGACUCGGCGGGCAAAUUCUCGUGCAUCACCGGGGACUGCGGCACUGGGCAGGUGGCGUGCAAUGGGGCGGGAGGAGCGCCGCCGACCACGCUCAUCGAGUUCACCCUGCAGGGCGACGGAGGCAAGGAUUUCUACGACGUGAGCUGCGUCGACGGCUUCAGCUUGCCGGUGUUGGUCGUUCCCAGCGGGGGGUCGAAUUGCAACAGCACGUCGUGCCCGGUGAACGUCAACGCGCUGUGCCCCCAGGAGUUGCGGAUAACAGCGCCGGACGGGGGCGUGGUGGGGUGCAAGAGCGCAUGCUUAGCCUUCAACACGGACGAGUACUGCUGCAGGGGCCAGUACGGUAGCCCGGACACUUGCAAGCCCUCCUACUACUCCCAGAUCGUCAAGAAUGCAUGUCCUCAAGCAUAUAGUUAUGCUUAUGAUGAUAGGACCAGCACCUUCACCUGUGUGGGGGCUAACUACGAUAUCACCUUCUGCCCUUGA